AUGACCCUGACACCAUACAAGGGGAUCGGGGACCCAAAAGUCCACGUCACCAAGUUCGAGUCCAUGAUGUUUCUUAACAGUGACUGCGACCCCAUUCUAUGCCGAUCUUUUCCUACUUUCCUAGAUGGAGCUGCCUUACUGUGGUUUUCUAAUUUGCCUGCAGGGUCCAUAACCAGCUUUGACGAAUUCGCCAAGAUGUUCAUCAAUCACUUCGCAGCAUCAAAAAUCUAUGUGAGAGACUCCGAUUAUCUCAGCACAAUCAAGCAAGGCCCGCAUGAAAGUCUCAAGGAUUACAUGGUGCGCUUCACCACGGCGGCCAUGAAAAUCCUUGACUUAAACCCAGAAGUACAAUUGCAUGCUAUCAAAAGUGGCCUCCGACCAGAGAAGUUCCAGGAAGCCAUAGCUGUGGCCAAACCGAAGACACUAGAGGAAUUCCAAGACAAAGCCACGGGACAAAUUGAGAUAGAGGAGCUGCGUGAAACGUUCAACAUGGGAAGAGAAGACAUAAUAAAGGAUAUAUUACACAACAGGCUCAUAAAGUCGCCAAUCAAAGCAGGAACCUACCAAGAUCAAAAGUACGUAGACAAAGGGAAGCAUUGCGCAUUCCACCAGAAAUUCGGUCACACCACAGAUGAGUGUGUGGCAGCUAAGGACCUAUUGGAGAGAUUAGCAAGACAGGGGCUACUAGACAAGUACAUCGGUUCCAGGAAUCAGAAGAAAAUAGCUGAAAUGAGCAAGCCGAAGUAUACCUCGGAAUGCAGAGACAAAGGAACAUGGCGAGGUCUAGUAGAAACCCCUACCUCCAAAGGAGUCAUAAACUACAUCGCAGGAGGUUUCGCGGGAGGAGGAAUAACAAACACAUCAAGGAAGCGAAGCUACAGAGCCAUGAUGACAAUGGAAGGAACUCAACAGAACACUCCAACACCAACCUCCUCGGCCAUUGUCAAUUUCAGCGCUUCUGAUUUCAAAUCAAGAACACCGAACCUAGACGACCCAGUGGUAAUUUCAGUAAGCAUGGGAGGAAUGACUGUGAAAAAGGUGCUGCUCAAUCCAGGAAGUAGCGCCGAUGUCUUGUUCUACUCCACAUUCAAGAAGAUGCAAUUAAGCGAAAGUCGCUACAACCAUCAGGGGGAGAACUGGCAGGACAACAGAAUAGCAACAGUCCACACCGACCAUAAGGAGGCCAGACAAUGCUACAAUGCGAGCUUACAGAAGGUUGCAAAGGAAGCCAUCCCAAGGAUCAAUUCGAUUUACAACUCGGAGCAUAUCCUACGCCUGACCGAGAUGGAUCCUAGAGACGACCACAGUCGCCCUUCUCCAACGGACGAUCUUGAAAAGGUAGAAUUACAUACAGAUAAUCAGUAUACUAACAUUGGAUCAGCUUUUUCUGCAGAAAUAAAGCAACAUUUGAAGAGAAUCUUGAAAGCUAAUGCCGACCUAUUUGCUUAG